CUUCGCCGCAACUUCGGUGCGUGUCGUGCGUCUUCGGCUUGCGGUCUCGGCGGGUCGCCCAUUUAUUUUUCCGAGUCCCCUCCCGGCGUCUUGCCCUUGCCCAACAAGUGGUGAGCGCGGGUUCAUACGGCGUCUCGCGCCCAUACUUUAAACAACUUGGAGCGUGCCGCGUUGUAAGUUUGAAAUUCGAUCGCGUGUUGAAAACUUUUUCGAAGUAUAGUUUUAAGAGUUGUGACGUGACGGAGGACUUGAGUGGCGUGUAGACAAAGUGUUCGAAGGGUUCUGAAGUCGAUGCACCUCCCGCACGCGAGCCCGACUCCGACCAUGGCGGAUGUUUACUCACAUAUCCAUGAGUACUAUAGGCAGAGUCAUGGAGACCUGGUGCCGACGGGAUCUCCAGCAGUUUUGUGUUCAGCUCUACCUGGUCAUUGGCGGUCUAACAAGUCGUUACCGGUGGCUUUCAAAGUGGUGGCCCUGGAUGACGUACAGGAUGGGACAUUAGUGACAAUCAAAGCUGGAAACGAUGAGAAUGUGAUGGCUGAAAUGCGGAACUGUACUGCGGUGAUGAAGAAUCAAGUGGCAAAGUUCAAUGACUUGCGGUUUGUUGGUAGGAGUGGACGUGGAAAAUCCUUUUCCUUGACUAUCACCAUCAGUAGUUUCCCCUCUCAAGUGGCGACAUAUACCAAAGCUAUCAAAGUUACCGUUGACGGACCAAGAGAACCAAGAACUAAACAAAAUUAUGGAUACGGGCACCCUGGAGCCUUUAGUCCGUUCCUUCUGAAUCCUGGAUGGUUAGACGCAGCAUAUCUGAACUACGCCUGGGUAGACUACUUCAGACCGCCUCAAACAGCGAGUCUUAUCAAAGGUACUGCAUCAAUGCCUACGCCGCCGGUUCCACUUCCACCUUCAGAUUUGUUUCCAUUCCCACCUACUAUGACAAACUUACCUCCUGCUGGAUUAUUACCGCCACCUGGUGCAUUUUUACCACCUAACGGACUUUUGCCUUUUGCACCACAUCCUGCGGACCUAGCACUAAAAUCUUUACCAUCGGAACUAACGUUGAAGAACGGUAUGAGUCCCUAUGAUGCAAUAAGGCACCUACAAAGCAGUGUUUCAUCAAUGGAUAACUCCAGUGCACGCCUAUCACCAACGAGCAGUAGGCAGAGCGGUAGCCCAAGAAGUAUUAUUAACGCUAGUCCAAGAUCGAAAGCCGAUUCAAAAUCUGAAGUUAAUUCAACGCACGAUGCAACGAUAUCGGAUGAGUCCGAUGAAGAGCCGAUUGAGGUUGUCAAAUCCGCUUUUCAUCCAACGCGACCGGCUAACGUUGAGCUCCAGGAGAUGAAGCAAGUCCAAGCUGCAGACUCCACAGUGUGCGACAAACCUAGAGGUCGUAAUGAACUCAAAGCGCCGUCUCAACGUACGACGCGUGUGCUUUCCACAAGCCCCACCUCCACAAAGAUAACUAAUGGAACCUUAACGCAUAAAUCAGUUUGGCGACCGUACUGACGCUUCUAGAGUAGUGAAGUGAGUGACAAAUAUGUCCGUGACAAUUGUAUGAAAACGGACCAAAAUGUGAUAAAUCGAGCUUGUAAAUAUUAUAGAAGAUACAAAGAUAUAGAUAUAUUUAUUGUUAGCAUAGGAUAUUAGAUUUAAAUGCUACGUCAGUAGUAGUUCAAAGUUAUCCAAAAACUUUUGCAAUUAAUAGGAAUUAUUGUUGUCUACGAAUUGUUAUGGCUGUAAAUAUCGCUGAGGAUUGUAAUAAUCACGAGUCAUGUAAAUAAAGUAACUUAGGCGUUGUAAAUUGCGACAAAUGACUGA